CGCGCGCGCGAGGCUUACCCUCGCUCGGCGGCAGCGGCGGCGCCUUCUUUGUUUCGUGAGGAGAGACGAGACGCUCAUUCUGCCCCCGGCCCCGCGCGGAGGGGUGGGGGCGGCGCCGGGAAGGCGACGGCGCCGUCGACUCCCGCAGGAGACCACUGUCCGCAGCUCCCGUGAAGAUGUCCACUCCAGACCCACCCCUGGGCGGAACUCCUCGGCCAGGCCCUUCCCCGGGCCCAGGCCCCUCCCCUGGAGCCAUGUUGGGCCCUAGCCCAGGUCCCUCACCCGGCUCUGCCCACAGCAUGAUGGGGCCCAGCCCAGGGCCUCCCUCAGCAGGACAUCCCAUCCCGACCCAGGGGCCUGGAGGGUACCCUCAGGACAACAUGCACCAGAUGCACAAGCCAAUGGAGUCCAUGCACGAGAAGGGCAUGUCGGACGACCCCCGCUACAACCAGAUGAAGGGGAUGGGGAUGCGGUCGGGGGGCCACGCCGGGAUGGGGCCCCCGCCAAGUCCCAUGGACCAGCACUCCCAAGGUUACCCCUCGCCCCUCGGUGGCUCCGAGCACGCCUCCAGUCCGGUUCCAGCCAGCGGCCCCGCCUCGGGCCCGCAGAUGUCUUCCGGGCCCGGAGGCGCCCCGCUGGAUGGUGCUGACCCCCAGGCUUUGGGGCAGCAGAACAGGGGCCCGACCCCCUUUAACCAGAACCAGCUGCACCAGCUCAGAGCUCAGAUCAUGGCCUACAAGAUGCUGGCCCGGGGGCAGCCCCUCCCUGACCACCUGCAGAUGGCAGUGCAGGGGAAGCGGCCGAUGCCCGGGAUGCAGCAGCAGAUGCCAACACUACCUCCACCCUCUGUGUCCGCAACAGGACCUGGCCCCGGGCCUGGGCCCGGCCCCGGUCCUGGACCAGCACCUCCAAAUUACAGCAGGCCUCACGGUAUGGGAGGUCCCAACAUGCCCCCUCCAGGACCCUCAGGUGUGCCCCCCGGGAUGCCCGGCCAGCCCCCCGGAGGGCCUCCCAAGCCCUGGCCUGAAGGACCCAUGGCGAAUGCUGCUGCCCCCACAAGCACACCUCAGAAGCUAAUCCCCCCGCAGCCAACGGGUCGCCCCUCGCCUGCGCCCCCCGCCGUCCCUCCUGCUGCCUCCCCCGUGAUGCCGCCCCAGACACAGUCGCCAGGGCAGCCGGCCCAGCCCGCCCCCAUGGUGCCGCUGCACCAGAAGCAGAGCCGCAUCACCCCCAUCCAGAAGCCACGGGGCCUGGACCCCGUGGAGAUCCUGCAGGAGCGGGAGUACAGGCUGCAGGCUCGCAUCGCACACCGAAUUCAGGAACUUGAAAACCUUCCCGGGUCCCUGGCCGGGGAUUUGCGAACCAAAGCGACCAUCGAGCUCAAGGCCCUGAGGCUGCUGAACUUCCAGAGGCAGCUGCGGCAGGAGGUCGUGGUGUGCAUGAGGAGGGACACGGCCCUCGAGACGGCCCUCAACGCCAAGGCCUAUAAGCGCAGUAAGCGGCAGUCCCUGCGCGAGGCCCGCAUCACCGAGAAGCUGGAGAAGCAACAGAAGAUAGAGCAGGAGCGCAAGCGCCGGCAGAAGCACCAGGAAUACCUCAACAGCAUUCUUCAGCACGCCAAGGAUUUCAAAGAAUAUCACAGGUCGGUCACAGGCAAAAUCCAGAAACUCACGAAGGCGGUGGCCACAUACCACGCCAACACUGAGCGGGAACAGAAGAAGGAGAAUGAAAGAAUCGAGAAGGAGAGAAUGCGGAGGCUCAUGGCCGAGGACGAGGAAGGGUACCGCAAGCUCAUCGACCAGAAGAAGGACAAGCGCCUGGCCUACCUCCUGCAGCAGACGGACGAGUACGUGGCUAACCUCACGGAGCUGGUGCGGCAGCACAAGGCCGCCCAGGUCGCCAAGGAGAAGAAGAAGAAGAAGAAGAAGAAGAAGGCAGAAAACGCUGAAGGACAGACACCUGCAAUCGGACCCGAUGGCGAGCCUCUGGAUGAGACCAGCCAAAUGAGCGACCUUCCGGUGAAAGUGAUCCACGUGGAGAGUGGGAAGAUCCUCACGGGCACAGACGCACCCAAAGCAGGGCAGCUGGAGGCCUGGCUGGAAAUGAACCCGGGGUAUGAAGUAGCUCCAAGAUCUGAUAGUGAAGAGAGUGGCUCAGAGGAAGAGGAGGAGGUAAGAGUUCAUUUCCUGGCUGUCGAGGCCCACAGUGCUGUGUGGAACGCCAAGCAAGAUGUUGAUGACGAGUAUGGCGUGUCGCAGGCCCUCGCUCGUGGCCUGCAGUCCUAUUAUGCCGUGGCCCAUGCCGUCACCGAGAGGGUGGAUAAGCAGUCGGCGCUCAUGGUCAACGGCGUCCUCAAGCAGUACCAGAUCAAAGGCUUAGAGUGGCUGGUGUCCCUGUACAACAACAAUCUGAAUGGCAUCCUGGCUGAUGAGAUGGGCCUGGGGAAGACCAUCCAGACCAUCGCUCUCAUCACGUACCUCAUGGAGCACAAGCGGAUCAACGGGCCCUUCCUCAUCAUAGUACCUCUCUCAACGCUGUCCAACUGGGCAUACGAAUUUGACAAGUGGGCCCCCUCGGUGGUGAAGGUGUCCUACAAGGGCUCUCCAGCAGCCAGACGUGCUUUCGUCCCCCAGCUCCGGAGCGGCAAGUUCAACGUCUUGCUGACGACCUACGAGUACAUCAUUAAAGACAAGCACAUCCUUGCAAAGAUCCGUUGGAAGUACAUGAUCGUGGACGAAGGUCACCGCAUGAAGAACCACCACUGCAAGCUGACGCAGGUCCUCAACACGCACUACGUGGCCCCCCGCCGCCUGCUGCUGACGGGCACGCCGCUGCAGAACAAGCUGCCUGAGCUCUGGGCGCUCCUCAACUUCCUGCUGCCCACCAUCUUCAAGAGCUGCAGCACCUUCGAGCAGUGGUUCAACGCGCCCUUUGCCAUGACCGGGGAAAAGGUGGACCUGAACGAGGAGGAAACCAUUCUCAUCAUCCGUCGUCUCCACAAAGUGCUGCGGCCCUUCCUGCUCCGGCGGCUCAAGAAGGAAGUCGAGGCUCAGUUACCUGAAAAGGUGGAGUACGUCAUCAAGUGCGACAUGUCCGCGCUGCAACGGGUGCUUUACCGGCACAUGCAGGCCAAGGGGGUGCUGCUCACCGAUGGCUCUGAGAAGGAUAAGAAGGGCAAAGGUGGCACCAAGACCCUGAUGAACACCAUCAUGCAGCUGAGGAAGAUCUGCAACCACCCGUACAUGUUCCAGCACAUCGAGGAGUCCUUUUCCGAGCACUUGGGGUUUACCGGUGGCAUCGUCCAAGGGCUGGACCUGUACCGAGCCUCGGGGAAAUUUGAGCUGCUCGAUAGAAUUCUUCCCAAACUCCGGGCCACCAACCAUAAAGUGCUGCUGUUCUGUCAGAUGACCUCCCUCAUGACGAUCAUGGAAGACUAUUUUGCGUAUCGCGGCUUUAAAUACCUCAGGCUCGAUGGAACCACGAAAGCGGAGGACCGGGGCAUGCUGCUGAAGACCUUCAACGAGCCCGGCUCCGAGUACUUCAUCUUCCUGCUCAGCACCCGGGCUGGGGGGCUGGGUCUGAACCUCCAGUCAGCCGACACUGUUAUCAUAUUCGACAGUGACUGGAACCCCCACCAGGACCUGCAAGCGCAGGACCGUGCCCACCGCAUCGGGCAGCAGAACGAGGUGCGUGUGCUCCGCCUCUGCACGGUCAACAGCGUGGAAGAGAAGAUCCUGGCUGCGGCCAAGUACAAGCUCAACGUCGACCAGAAGGUGAUCCAGGCCGGCAUGUUCGACCAGAAGUCCUCCAGCCAUGAGAGGCGCGCUUUCCUCCAGGCCAUCCUCGAGCACGAGGAGCAGGACGAGAGCAGACACUGCAGCACGGGCAGCGGCAGUGCCAGCUUCGCCCACACUGCCCCUCCGCCAGCGGGCGUCAACCCCGACUUGGAGGAGCCACCUCUAAAGGAAGAAGACGAGGUGCCUGACGAUGAGACGGUGAACCAGAUGAUUGCCCGGCACGAGGAAGAGUUCGACCUGUUCAUGCGCAUGGACCUGGACCGCAGGCGCGAGGAGGCCCGCAACCCCAAGCGCAAGCCACGCCUGAUGGAGGAGGAUGAGCUCCCCUCGUGGAUCAUCAAGGACGACGCAGAGGUGGAGCGGCUGACCUGCGAGGAGGAGGAGGAGAAGAUGUUCGGCCGCGGCUCCCGCCACCGCAAGGAGGUGGACUACAGCGACUCGCUGACCGAGAAGCAGUGGCUCAAGGCCAUCGAGGAGGGCACGCUGGAGGAGAUCGAAGAGGAGGUCCGGCAGAAGAAAUCGUCGCGGAAGCGCAAGAGGGACAGCGAUGCCGGCCCCUCCACCCCGACCACCAGCACCCGCAGCCGCGACAAGGACGACGAGAGCAAGAAGCAGAAGAAGCGUGGCCGGCCGCCUGCCGAGAAGCUCUCCCCCAACCCGCCCAACCUCACCAAGAAGAUGAAGAAGAUCGUGGACGCUGUGAUCAAGUACAAGGACAGUAGUAGUGGACGUCAGCUCAGCGAGGUGUUCAUCCAGCUGCCGUCCCGCAAGGAGCUGCCCGAGUACUACGAGCUCAUCCGCAAGCCUGUGGACUUCAAGAAGAUAAAGGAGCGCAUCCGCAGCCACAAGUACCGCAGCCUCAACGACCUAGAGAAGGACGUGAUGCUGCUGUGCCAGAACGCGCAGACCUUCAACCUGGAGGGCUCCCUGAUCUACGAAGACUCCAUCGUCCUCCAGUCGGUCUUCACCAGCGUGCGGCAGAAAAUCGAGAAGGAGGAAGACAGUGAAGGGGAGGAGAGUGAGGAGGAAGAGGAGGGCGAGGAGGAAGGCUCGGAGUCCGAGUCUCGCUCGGUCAAAGUGAAGAUCAAGCUGGGCCGGAAGGAGAAGGCCCAGGACCGGCUCAAGGGCGGCCGGCGGCGGCCGAGCCGUGGCUCCAGGGCCAAGCCGGUGGUGAGCGACGACGACAGCGAGGAGGAGCAGGACGAGGACCGCUCAGGAAGUGGCAGCGAGGAAGACUGAGUCCCGACAUUCCAGAGUCUCAACCCCGAGCCACUCGUUCCAGAUCUGAGAUGGUGUAGCCCUUAGCAGUAACGGGUAGCAGCAGAUGUAGUUUCAGACUUGG